GACUCUGACACUGAGUGGCAAGUGUAAGUCGGAGGCUUAUCUCUUAUAGCAUUGCAUGUUCCCUACAUGAGAUGGCUGCUUGAGGUGAAAAAAACAAUUUUCCAUAUACAUAGAAGCAAGAAAAUGCCGGUAGAAAGAGGAUGGAAUCGUUCGUAGUGGAUUCUUUAAGACGGGCCUUAUUUGGACUCCUGAAGUGAUAGGGGGUAGACAUCCCACCAGGAACCAGAAGAUGUUUUCAUCUGAGUAGCAUAACACUGUAAAGAGCCCUUCACCAUUCAUUUGUAGUUAUGAGGCUAAUGAAUGAAACUGCUGUCCGCAAAGCCUUGAGAAGAAACAAGCUAUGCACCGACUUUAUAAAUUCAGCCUCGUAUCAGAUAUUUUGUUGCUGUGGACCUUCUCCGUGUUCGUUUUGCUGCGCCUGCUGCCCCAGCAUUAAAGUGUCCACUGGUACCAGGCUCAUGUACACAUUCUUCCACAUUCUGGCCUCCACUGUCUGCUGCCUCAUGCUUUCCAAAAAAGUGUCAGAAACUGUCAAGGAACAUGUGCCUUGGAUGUCUCUGCUGUGCAAACAUUUGCCCGGAUCAGACUGCGAUAAUCUUGUGGGGUACACAGCUGUGUACAGAGUCUGCUUUGGGACCGCAUCUUUUUACUUCAUCCUGUCGGUUUUCCUCUACAAUGUGAAAUCGACACAAGAGUUCAGGGCGGUGGUUCACAAUGGUUUUUGGUUCCUGAAGUUCAUGAUGUUGGUUGGAAUGUGUGUUGCAGCAUUCUUCAUCCCUUCUGAAACCUUUAUACGAGUGUGGCAUUAUAUUGGUGUAUGUGGUGGAUUCUCCUUUGUCCUCAUCCAGCUCAUACUGAUAACAGCAUUUGCUCACACCUGGAACAAGAACUGGCUGACCGGUGCUUCUAAAGACAAGCGCUGGUAUAUUGCUGUCCUAUUCACCACACUCCUCUUCUAUUCCAUUGCCUCCCUGGCCUUCUAUUUACUAUACAAGUAUUUCACCCAUCCUGCUGGCUGCCUACUGAACAAAGGACUCAUCAGUAUUAACAUCUUCCUGUGUAUAAUCAUGUCCUUCAUUUCAAUCACACCUUGUGUACAGCUCAAGCAACCUCGUUCUGGAUUGCUGCAAGCCUCCAUCAUCAGUUGCUAUGUCACAUACCUUACAUUUUCAGCUCUUUCUAGCCGACCUCCGGAAAGAGUUCAGUUUCGAGGGCAGAAUUUCACAGUGUGCGUUCCAAGUAUGAGCAGGGAUGGAAUUCAGACCGAAGACACUUCAAUUGCCAUUGUUGGGACAGUCAUUAUGUAUUUGUGUGUCUUGUUUGCAUGCAAUGAAGCCUCAUACCUUGCAGAAAUGUUUGGUCCAAUGUGGAUGAUUAAAGUUUAUACCUACGAGUUUCAAAAAGCGUCCUGCUGCUUCUGUUGUCCUGAAGAAGACGAUGAAAGAGGGGAACUUUGCUGCGAGGAAGAUAUGGAUGCCAGUGGUGGACAAGCGGUGAUUCACGAUGAACGGGAAAGUGUAAUCUACAGUUAUUCUUUCUUCCACUUUGUAUUUGUGCUCGCCUCUCUCUAUGUGAUGAUGACGCUCACCAACUGGUUCAGCUAUGAAGAUUCAUCUCUGGAGUCCAUCUUUACCCAUGGCAGCUGGCCCACAUUUUGGAUCAAGGUGGCCUCUUGUUGGACAUGUGUCAUUCUUUAUUUGUGGAUACUUUUGGCACCAACGUGUCUUCCUGGACAUGGACAAAACCAGAAGAAUGGACCUCCACAGCAUAUGCUGGGACGGAGACAAUUACGCAGAGUCACCGUUUCUAAGUAGUAACUCCCAUUAUAUUUAUGAAUACAAUGACAUUCAGACUGAACAUUGGUUUGAUGAGAUCAGUGCACAUCCAAUGUGCUGUGGAAGGAAUCCACUGUAAAGUACUUGCUGUAGUGGAGGUAACUGGAUGAAAAUACAAGCACUAGAAACAUUUUAUACAUUUUGUGAUGAGAAGGGGGAUAUACAUUAUG